CGUCAGAUGAGCGCGCCCUAUCAAUUACAGACUCCCAUCCACUAGGAGCUUGGGUGUAUAUACACAGUACCUGAACUCGGACUGCUCGCAAUCUCCCUCGCGGAAAGAAACAUUGCUGCCAACUCACUGCGCUUAGAGCCUGAACAAUCAUGGCUCCUUCAGCGGUAAACGAGGCCCAGUCGACUGUCGUCUCGGCUGCCAAGUCGGCCGGCAAGGCCAAGGAAGAAAUAAUGACUGCUUUGAGGGCGAUAUCGCAGGGCGAGGUGAUGCCGGAUAUCCCCACCUUUCCGUCCUUCGCGGCCGAGAGGCGGCACAUCCUGGUUCACAUGGCGGCCACGUUCCGAAACUGGUCGCGCAACAGCUACUCCGAGGGGCAGGCCGGGCACAUAUCGGUGCGGGACCCGGAGUUCCCGGGCGUCAUGUGGAUGAACGCCAUGGGGCGGCAUUACGGCAUGCUCCGGGCGGGCGACAUGGUGGCCAUCGACGUUGCCACGGGCGCCAUCGUGGCCGGGCGCCCGAACCCGACCACGGGCAGGGUCACAUCCAACGCGGCGGGCUACUACAUCCACUCAGCCGUGCACAGGCGCCGGCCAGACAUCCACGCCGUCUGCCACUGCCACACCGCCGGCGGCCGGGCCUGGUCCGUCUUCGCCCGGCCGCUCGACAUGCUCACGCAGGACGUGUGCAACUUUUACGGCGCCCACGCCGUUUACAAGAAGUACGGCGGCAUCGUUUUCGCCGCCGACGAAGCCAACAACAUCGCCGAGGCCCUGGGGGAGACUAACAAGGCCUUGAUCCUGAUGAACCACGGCCUCCUCACGGUCGGCUCGACGGUGGACGAAGCUGCCUACAUGUUUGGGCUGCUGGAGCGGUCUUGCGCGAUCCAGCUGCAGGUCGAGGCGGCGCUCGCGGGCAACAGCGAGCUCAAGAAGCACAUCAUCAGCGACGAGGAGGCGGCGCACGCCUUCAAGAUGGCGAGCGAGACGAAUGCUCUCUACCGGGAGUUCCAGCCCGAGAUCGAGCUCGAGAUUGAGGCUGCUGGCGGCGAGGAGGUACUGGCUAAGGGGCUCGAGGAGCUGGUCAUCAACAUGGAUGUGCCUAUUGCUUGAGAAUAUGAGUGUGUGUUUCUACGCCCGCCCGCCGAGAUGGGCUAACUGAUAUACAAAGGCAGUAUUUCGAGCACAGUAUGAGGUCUCGUAGGUACAAUGGCGUCUUUUUUCCUUCGAAUGAAUCCAAGGCGCGACGCACUGUGCGAUGUCCAACACAACUCCUUUCAGCUCGACCGAAGACCCGACAUCUGACCAGUCGU